AACUUAAAGUUUUGUUAUGCUCGCCCUUUCUUUUCAAUUUCCCCGUGGGUCUCGGUCGCCCCGGUAGCCGUUGCUCCCACGUCCCCUCCCCUCGGCUGCUCUGCUCCGUCAGCCGAUGCUUUAAAAACGGCAACUCACAUUUUCCCCUGCUCUUCUCUUCUAGCCGUUGCGCGACCCCCUCUUGUUGCCAUCUUGGCGUCUGCGCCCGCAAUUUUAAUUGCCAGCAUAGAGCGGAAGCAUCCUAAGCAGCAGCAAUCAGUGCCCCCACCCCACAGCCGCACUGAAUCAAGACGGGGAUCGCAUUGCCGCCGCUGCGCAGUGUGUGAGAGAGGAGAUUGAUCGGGGAGGAGGAUGAGAGGCCUCAGAUCGCGGAUCCUCCGGACCUUGCAGUCCUUCCCCAACGCCGCCGCCGCGCAGUCCAACGCCCUCCUCCCGCCGCCCGACGCCGCCGCACCCGCGCCGUCGGAGGACGUGCCCGAGCCGGCCGAUGGCGACUGCCGGGGCGGCGGCGGCGGCGACGACGACAAGGAGAACUUCUCGCCGAAGGCCAAGAAGAUGAAGGUGGGCUCCGGCCGCGAGGGUGACUGUCCCGGGGAGCCUGGCAGGGGCUACCGCCGGCCCGAGCUCGAGUCGCCGAGCCUCUUCGACCCGGACCUCCUCGCCGCCUUCCGCGGCGUCGUGGACGCGUACGCCCAGGCGCUGGAGAAGACCCAGCGCCACGGUGACGACUUCGACGACGCGGACGACGACAUCGCCGCCGCGCUGGACGCCGGCGGCCGCGACGAGGACCCCCUGGCCGGGCUCGAGAGCCGGUGCCCGCCCGGCGGGGCGCGCGCCGUGGUGCUCUACACCACGUCGCUGCGCGGGGUGCGCAAGACGUUCGAGGACUGCGCCACCGUGCGCCGCCUGCUCGACGGGCUCCGCGUCGCCUUCCUGGAGCGCGACGUGUCCAUGCACGCGCCCUACCGGGACGAGCUCCGCGCGCUGCUGCCGCCUCCGCCCGGUGGCGCCGGCGACGGCGCCAGCAUGCCCCUGCCGCCGCGGCUGUUCGUGGACGGGCGGUACGUGGGCGGCGCGGACGAGGUGGUGGCGCUGCACGAGCGGUCGCGGCUCCGGCCGAUGCUCCGGCGCGCCGCGCGCCGGCGCGCGGGCGACGCGGCCUGCGCGGUGUGCGGCGGCGCCUGGUUCGUCGUGUGCGGCGGGUGCAGCGGCCGUCAUUGGCUCUAUGACGACGGCUCGGCCGCCGCCGUCGCCGCCAGCCGCGUGCCGUGCCCCGGAUGCAACGAGAACGGGCUGGUGCCGUGCCCCCUGUGCAGCUGAGGCGAUCCCUGCCCUGCCCCCGACAGACAUGUACAUCUUUUUUGUGUGUUACCAUGGCGACAGCGAAAUUCUUUGCGAUUGUUUCAACCUGUAGUAAGUACUGUAUAAUUUGUCAGACAUUGUUCUCCGCUCAUUCACCCUGCAAAUUGUGAAAUCGACGAAGCCGUUGUGUA